AUGCUGUUGCCAGCCCUCCUGCUGCUAUUUGCGGCAGCUCUUUCAAUGCGCACUUCUCAACAUUGCUGCAACGAGCUCGGCCAGUGCCUUCCGGCUCAGGUCCUGAUCCCCAAUAUGAAGAACUACACCGCAUACAACAAGCGCUGGUCUGACACGGCUUCCGCCCAACCUGCUUGCAUUUUCCUCCCUCGCUCCACAGACCAUGUUGCCACUGCUGUCCGCGUCUUCACCGCCGGCGGCUUGCAGAAUCAUACUUGCCACUUCGCCAUCGUCUCUGGCGGCACAUCUACCGGCCCAGGAGCAAAUGACAUUGAUGGCGGCAUCACCCUCGACCUGAGCCUCAUGGACCGCGCCGCACUCAAUCACAACCAGACCGUCGCCUACAUCCAACCUGCUGCUUCUUGGCCAAACGUCUACAAUGCUUUCAAGGGCACUGGUCAUACUGUAGCCGGGGGCGACAAUACUGCAGUAGGUAAGAACAAUUUCAUAGUCAUAUCCACAAGCUGCCUUCCUCCCUACCUACGCUAACCAAUUACAGCCGGCAUGGUACUUGCCGGUGGCAUUUCUCUCUUUCAAGGCCGUAUGGGAUUCUCCGCGGAUAACGUCGUCAACUACCAGAUGGUCGAUGCCACUGGAGAGAUUCUCAACGUGGAUCGUUCCUCCCACCCUGAUCUCUUCCUCGCGCUCAAAGGCGGAGGCAACAAUUUUGGAAUCGUCACUCGCGUCGACAUGAAGCCCAUACGACAGUCCUCACUUAUUUGGGGCGGAGAGACUACUGUGCCGAUGAACGCCACGAGCGCUGUUCUUUCCUCUUUAGACUUCUUCGUUCGAAACAGCGGGAUGGAUCCUGCAUCUGGCGCGAGAGUCACCUUCAGCUGGAAUGGCACGGCUGGUGGUAUCACGAACUUCAUGUGGAACACCAUCAACGACCGGUCGCAGACUUCGCUCAUGCCAUUCUUCGGUAUCGGUCCACAGAUCUCCAGCAAGAUGCAGAACAACAUCUCCCUGAGCGACCUGAUUCCACACAACCAAAUGAGGAAUGACCCUCAUGUUCAUCGCUCCAUGUUUGCUACCGUCACAGUCAUCAGCAGCAACUGCACUCUCUUUGACGUGAACAGGUGGACUAACGCUAUAAUCCACAACUACCAGUACCUGAAAGGCGUGGAGUGGCGCUGGAGUUACGAUCCACUUCCGAACUUCUAUCGCAACGGUGGUGUGAAUGUGAUGGGUCUCAAUUACACAAAGGCCGAUCUCAUGAGUAAGUCAACGCAACCGCGAACAUCUCUUGUCCAUGAUUCAGCUUCCUGGCGACCAUGGCCACUAUCAACAGUUUUUGGGAGCUUUCGCCGACUUGUCUCACAGUUGUCUCUUUCAAUCCGAGCUGGAGUGACCCGGCGUACGACAAGGACAUCACGCUCGCAGCCAAAGCUUGGGUCAACGCCAUUCAGCAGGAGACGAAUGUGAGGAACACAUCGUACCCAUUCGAGUAUCUCGGCUACGCAGCGCCAUUCCAGGAUCCUUUUGCGAGCUAUGGCGCUUCUAAUUUGCAAUUCCUCCAAGACACUGCGAAGAAGUACGAUCCCACCGGCGUGUUUCAGACUCUGGUUCCUGGUGGCUUUAAGCUCAGCAGGGCUGGUCAGAAAGCGUCUCGGCCAACUCUCAACCUACCACCCGCCUAG